UGGUAAAACGAGACUGUGCAUGGAGGACCCUGGUACGAUGUGAAGUAGUUGAAGUUGAAGAAGAUAUUAUUGCCUAUAACACAUUCACAUUAAAACUUGUGGACGGUAAAGUAAAGUGUAAAUAGGUCUUCAAUAGCGUCGGGGCAGGUUAGAUUCACAGACUGAUGGAAAUAGAGAAGAGGAAAAAGGGGAAAUAUCUUCGCUCCAACAGAACCGGCGGGGCAACAUUUAAAGCUUCUUUUUGCGGGUGAAAUGUAGUUUUUCGUCGCUUGGUGGACCAUGUAGUAAGUGUUUGCGCUUGCAUGUAGUAUGAUAUUGAGUCCGAUAUGUCUAAUGUGACACCGAGUAAAAGCGUGGAAUGGCUGCAACUCGAGUUGGAGUCUGGAGGCACUUCUUUGCUCUUGUUGGACUGCCGUUCACAUGAGCUUUAUGAAUCAUCCCACAUAGAGACCGCCAUAAACCUGGCCAUACCGGGGCUGAUGCUCCGGAGGUUCAAAAAGGGCAACAUACCGAUCCGGACCAUCAUCCCGAACCAUGAGGAUAAAGAGAAGUUCAUAAGACGAUGUAAAACGGACACUGUCGUCCUGUACGAUGAGUGCACCGUGAACUGGCAGGACAGUGGAUCUCCAGCGUCUGUUUUGGGUCUGCUUCUUCAAAAACUAUGGGAAGACGGUUGUACAGCGUAUUAUCUUGAAGGUGGAUUUGUAAAGUUCCACACAGAGUACCCAGAGCACUGUGAGACCCUCCUAGACAGCUCCUGUCCCAGCUCCUCUCCUCCUCUGUCUGUUCUGGGUCUUGGAAAUCUCCGGAUCAGCUCAGAUUGCUCCGAUGGUGAAUCUGAUCGUGAACCGAGUAGUGCCACAGAGUCUGAGGAGAGUCCCAUCCCCAGCAAUCAGCCUGCCUUCCCUGUCCAGAUUCUACCCUACCUUUACCUGGGCUGCGCCAAAGACUCCACUAACCUAGACGUGCUGGGCCAGUACAACAUCAAGUACAUCCUGAACGUCACACCCAAUCUCCCCAACAUGUUUGAGCAUGACGGCCACUUCAGGUACAAACAGAUUCCCAUUUCGGACCACUGGAGUCAGAAUCUGUCCCAGUUUUUCCCAGAGGCCAUAUCAUUUAUAGAUGAGGCUCGGUCUAAGAAGUGCGGCAUUCUGGUCCACUGCCUGGCCGGAAUCAGUCGCUCAGUCACAGUCACCGUGGCCUACCUGAUGCAGAGACUCAACCUCACUCUCAACGAUGCUUACGACUUUGUCAAGAGGAAGAAGUCCAACAUUUCCCCAAACUUCAACUUCAUGGGUCAACUCCUGGACUUUGAGAGGACGCUGGGGCUGCACAGCCCCUGUGAUAACCGUUCCACCAGCAAGGAGCCGCUCUUCUUCACCACACCAACCAAUCACAACGUCUUCCAGCUGGACACACUGGAGUCCACAUGAGGAUUGGUCAGCCUUUCUGUUGUUUCCUGUUGUGUCUCUGAGGUUUUCUGAGCCUGUCAGAUGCCUAACUAGCUGACACAAGCAGUAAGCCCGUUACAGUGUUUCUUCACCAAAACGAACUGCAUUGAUCUGUUAAAGGAACAGACCUGUUAGGGGUGGGCGAUAUGGCCAAAAUCUUCUAUCACGGUAUAUGUAACUUUAUUUUACCGUAUAUAUAAUGAUCAAUAAUUGUUCUGUAAAUUCAAUUAAGAAAAAGUUCGAAUAUCUGUACCAUUUAGCACUUAUCAUGAAAUCACAGAGAAUCCAGUCUAUGAUUUGCUACAUAGCCUGCCCUGAGUAUAUAGCAGAGACACUAAGGGAUAGCUCCCAAGGUGGAAGCGAUAUUGCCACAUCUCUACGGGUGGACACAUUUCUGCUGUUGCGUGAUAUGUACCAUCAUAAUGCGAUUAAUCCAAAUUUUUUUUUGCUCCUGCUUUUGGCUUCCAAUGAUUAUGAAAACAAGAGAAUCGAGAUAAAACGAUUAUUGUGUCACAUUCAGUUUAAUUAUGCUUCUCUUGUUUUGUCUUGUGUUAUAAAUCCAAAUUACAUAUUAUUUAUACUUUUUCUGAUUCACUGUUGGUUUAAGUCACUGUAUGUCCCGACAGGACACCACGGUUGAAUUUCAGUGUUAAGUAACGUAAGAAGUUGCUGUCAAAUCAAGUAACUGCUCGGCAGCCAAUCUGUAGUCAAUGUAGGGAAACGCCGCGUUUCAGUUUUUUUGUCCGUGAAAACGGAAUAUUGAUUUGGACGUAGAUUAUCAUGGCAAAGGUAGAGGCUUCAAAGCAUUUAGGUCAGCCCUUUAAAUCUUGUUGAAUAAUUGUGAUCUCCAUAUUGACCAAAAUAAUUGUGAUUGUGAUAUUUGCCAUAAUCGAGCAGCCCUACUGUAAGCAGAGAAUAUGCUGCAUUCGAUCGAAUCUCAAUGCCUUAAUAUCUAACAUGAGGAUGAAUUUUGCUAUCCAUCAUGCAUGGCAUUAAUCAAUGGUCAUGUACAGCCAUAAUAGCAGGACAUUUCCUAACUUUUCUAUUAAAUCUAGGAUUGUUGUUUGACUGUUAUUUGUUAUUCACCAGCUGUAAAAUGGAUGUUUAUGUAUUUCUUUGUAUUAGUUAUAAUUAUUGCCUUGACGGUCUAGGAGUCUUUGGCUAAUCAGAAUGUUUUCUGGGGACCAAACCGAGACGUUUUAAUGGUACUCUAGCUGAGGGGAAAUAAGCUACUACUGUGAUCCGGCCUUGAAUUAUUGUUACAGUUUUUCUUCUGAUGGCUGUUUGCAGCUCUUUUGCAGCACGGUUACCAUAGGAGGCAUUUAUUCUUGUGCUUUCACUCAGAAUACCUUCACUAAUGUCUGUAAAACACCAUAAUGUUAAAUUGUUAUUCUUUAACUACAAAAUCAAGUGGCCACUUCCUGCAGAAUAUCAAAAUUGGAACAUACUUCUCUUCAGAAACACUCCUGUACAUUCUUUUGCUUUAUACCUGCAUUAUUUGUCAUGUGAUUAUGUUCUACCAAGGACCUUGUUUUUUAACCUUUAGGUCAUAUUGCCUGUUGUUUUUGAGGCCUUGGCCAUACUUUAACAUGAAAUUGAACUACAUGUCAGUCACCAGGUAGAGGUAUAGUGUAUAGGACUAGCUUUUGCCUCGAUUGAAAGUAAUGUGUAAGUAAAAAGUGUAUAAAGGAAUGGAUGUUCACCUUGAUUUUUACUCUGACAGUCUUCAGUCUGCAGCUACUCCUGUGGCACAAAAAUGUUAAGGGAAACAUGAUGUGUAAUUAGCUGUUCUCUAUUGCCAGUCUCGCCUCAGUACAAAUGAGUGAGUUUGAUGUAUGAGAGGGAGUGAAAGGAAAUGAGCUUGACAAAUGUGUUCUUACCUCACAGACAGACAUUUUCAGGGAUUUUUAUACAAGGCAUCUGUAUCUCAUCAUGGCCUCUUAAAGUGCAUCCAAGGGCUGUUUUGUUUGGUAUGUUUGUCGAGAUGUACAUAAAAUGUGGUUGUCAUGGGGGACAUUUUCUUAAAAUCAUGAAGGAUGCGAAUGUGACCCUAUUUUGACCCUUAUGUAUAGUAUAUGUAAAGCUAAAUGUCCAAGACAUUCUGUACAAGUUUAUACAAACAAAUAUAUUGUAUAUUUUUACUUGAAAA